AUGGAUCAAGAGAAAUUGGUGGAGAUAGUAAAAAACAAAACAAAAGGUAGAGGGAAAGAGGACUGCUUGAGGAUACAAACAGAUUGUUUUGGUUUUCAGGAUCAGUGGAUUGAACAGUCCUGCAGCAAUCUUAACUUUAAUGCCAAGUUUUACUGCAACACAAUCCACCAUCAUCCACCCAUCAUCCACCCAUCAUCCACCAUCAUCCACCAUCAUCCACCCAUCAUCCACCAUCAUCCACCCAUCAUCCACCAUCAUCCACCCAUCAUCCACCCAUCAUCAUCCACCAUCAUCCACCCAUCAUCCACCAUCAUCACCCAUCAUCCACCCAUCAUCCACCAUCAUCCACCAUCAUCCACCCAUCAUCCAGCCAUCAUCCAGCCAUCAUCCAGCCAUCAUCCAGCCAUCAUCCACCCAUCAUCACCCAUCAUCCACCCAUCAUCCCCAUCAUCCACCAUCAUCCACCCAUCAUCCCAUCAUCCACCAUCAUCCACCCAUCAUCCACCCACCCAUCAUCCAUCCACCAUCAUCCACCAUCAUCCACCAUCAUCCACCCAUCAUCCACCAUCAUCCACAAAUCCUCCACCAUCAUCCACCAUCAUCCACCCAUCAUCCACCAUCAUCCACCCAUCAUCCACCCAUCAUCCACCCAUCAUCCACCCAUCAUCCACCAUCAUCCACCCAUCAUCCACCAUCAUCCACCCAUCAUCCACAAAUCAUCCACCAUCAUCCACCCAUCAUCCACCCACCUAUCAUCCACCCAUCAUCCACCCAUCAUCCACCCACCUAUCAUCAACCCAUCAUCAACCCAUCAUCAACCCAUCAUCCACCAUCAUCCACCAUCAUCCAGCCAUCAUCCAGCCAUCAUCCACCCAUCAUCCACCCAUCAUCCACCAUCAUCCACCCAUCAUCCAGCCAUCACCCACCCAUCAUCCAGCCAUCAUCCACCCAUCAUCCAUCAUCCACCAUCAUCCCACCAUCAUCCACCAUCAUCCACCACCAUCAUCCAGCAUCAUCCACCAUCAUCCACCAUCAUCCACCCAUCAUCCACCAUCAUCCACCAUCAUCCAGCCAUCAUCCACCAUCAUCCAGCCAUCAUCCACCAUCAUCCACCAUCAUCAUCCACCAUCAUCCACCAUCAUCAUCCAGCAUCAUCCACCAUCAUCCACCAUCAUCAUCCACCAUCAUCACCAUCAUCCACCAUCAUCCGCCUGA